UGGAGCAGAGUGGUACCCACAGAUAGGAACUGUCUCUGCUGUGUUGUAGCAUCCAAAGCUAGCAAGGCUCUCUGUGUUCCUGAAGAGAGGACAGGGAAUUGUAUGGUGUGAGAACAAUCACAACUGCUCUGUGUUUGGGGAUGGGUGUUUGCUGCCCUGGGAUAUUUUCAACAGCUGUGCCUUUGGGUGAAAUCUUGUUACUCACAGUGGUGAGUGCUGUGCUCAGACAGCAGCUGUUCCUCUUCUGGCUCAUCUCUGCUUUCUCAAGCUCCCUUGUACUGCUGUGGAAGCAGUGUAAUAUGUUCAUUCUAAGAGAAGCAAUGGUGCAAUUGGCCAUUUGAGAAUGAGGCAGAGCAAUAUCAAAGAUAUCUUUCAGAUGAUGGUAGAGGGGAAGGUGAGAAUAGUUCAAGAGGGGCUUUUCAGAGCCUGAAGGUAGAAAGAGCCUGCGGAGAUGUGGAAGAGGCAUCGCAGAGAUGUUUCCCUUGUAGCUUUGCCUGGGGGACAGUUCUUGAAGUUCAGUGCUGGAGUGAUGUUCUUAAAGCCUGGAGAAGACAUUUCUGUGCUGGAGGAGAAGCAGGUAUUCUAUGUGGCCUCUUUUCUAUACACUGCCAACUACACCUGGCAUCUGUACAUGGACCUGAAGAUGAAAUACAAUCAGAACCUUAACAGGAUGCCCUCCACAGCUGUAGAUUAUGCAAGUUGCAUUGGCCGAGUAGCAACGAUUUUGUCCAGCCUGAUCCCUUUUCUCCUAAUGGUGCCUGUGUUUUGCCUGGGCAACAGCAGUAACUGCUACCAGAACUUCAGUCAAAAGCAUGGGUGUCUCUUGAUGCACACAGAAAUGGCUGAGCCCACCAACGAGCUGCUGACGCUGAGCGGCUCUGUUUGCCGAGCAAUGCAUUUCUAUGGCAUUGGGGUCUUCCUUGUUUCCUUUCUUAUCAGCUUCAUAGCCAUUCUGGUUGUACUCAUUCAAGCCCGAGGUUUGUACAAAAGGUUUGUAAACUCCACGGGAUUCCUGGGAGAUCAGCAGUGGGCAAUGAUUAAGAUGGUGGAACAACGAGUGGUUUUUUACCCCAUCGCAUUCUUCUGCUGCUGGGCCCCAGCUGUCCUCCUUGGAAUACUGAAGCUGACAGCUUCAACAAGCAGCAAAAUCUACAUGGCUCUUCUCAUUCUACAGGCACUGACAGCAGCUUCCCAGGGACUUCUGAACUGCAUUGUGUAUGGCUGGACACAGCACGUCUUCCUCUCCCUCAAACGCAACAUCUGCCGCGACGUUGACACUCAGACUCCUCUCCUGCGCUCUCAGAAGAAAUUCUACGCCAGCACACUCACUGCCAGCCCUCCAGACACUGAGGUGUCCACAUCUACCCUGCUCUGAUGAGUUUCUGCAGCAAAAAUGAGAGUAGGCAGCAUCCCAAUGGGCCUCGUCGUAUUUUAGCAAAGUCAGCCAGCACAGCUGUUGGGCUGUCGUGGUGUGAACUGUUUUGUCAUCCGCACAGUUAACUGUAGUGCUAUGAGAGCCCAAGCAGAUCUGUCAGAAAAGCACUUUUAGUGAAGAUAGUUAUUUAUUUUACAGAUUUCUAUGGACUUGAACAGGAUUCUUUAAACCUGGUAAAUUUUUAGCACAGGCUUUCUCCUUAUGGAAAUAUCUCUAGAAAUACAGCAAAUUAUAUGUAACAACUCCAAGACUAGUACAGCUCCUUAGAGGGCAUGUGGUCAAAAGAUGUUUUACUUUUCUAAGUGUUUGUCAGGUAUUUGCCAUUACAAGUUAACAUUAAAGCAAAGAUGAAUAUU